UGUGAAAGGGAAAGCCGGGGCGCACCCGCGGGCGGAGGUGGCAGCGCCGAGCGGCGCCGGGAGCCCAGCGAGCACCGCCGCCGCUCCGCGGAGCAGCGGGACGAGCCCCCGCGGCGGCGGCCGACGGCAGCCGCUGAGGCGGAGCCCGGCGAGCGCUCCCGCCGGAGGGAGCCGCCGGCGCCCUUCCUCCGGGAGGCUGCGCUCGCCCCCGGGCGCGGGGGAGCCGCCGCCCCGGCCUUGCGGGGGGAGCGCGGCGGAGCCGCCGCCAGGGCCGCGGCGAUGAUGUCGGGACAGUCCAUCACCGACCGCAUCACGGCGGCGCAGCACAGUGUGACCGGCUCGGCCGUGGCCAAGGCUGUGUGCAAGGCGACGACCCACGAGGUGAUGGGCCCCAAGAAGAAGCACCUGGACUAUCUAAUACAGUGCACAAAUGAAAUGAAUGUGAAUAUUCCACAGUUGGCAGAUACACUCUUUGAGAGAACUGCAAACAGUAGCUGGGUUGUAGUGUUCAAAGCUCUAAUUACAACACACCACCUCAUGAUGUAUGGAAAUGAGCGCUUUAUCCAGUAUCUGGCAUCCCGGAACACUUUGUUCAACUUAAAUAACUACCUGGACAAAAGUGCCAUGCAGGGCUAUGAUAUGUCUACCUUCAUCAGGAGAUACAGCAGAUACUUGAAUGAAAAAGCACUUUCCUAUAGACUUGUAGCAGUUGACUUCACCAAAAUGAAAAGAGGGAUAGAUGGAGUGAUGAGAACCAUGAAUCCUGAAAAGCUUCUGAAAACCCUCCCAAUCAUACAGAACCAGCUGGAUGCACUCCUUGACUUUGAUGCAAAUCCAAAUGAACUAACAAAUGGUGUUAUAAAUGCUGCCUUUAUGCUCCUCUUUAAAGAUUCCAUUAGACUUUUUGCAGCAUACAAUGAGGGGAUUAUUAAUCUUUUAGAAAGAUAUUUUGAUAUGAAGAAGAACCAGUGCAAAGAAGGCUUGGAUAUUUACAAAAAAUUUCUAGCCAGAAUGACCAAAUUGUCAGAGUUCCUCAAAGUAGCAGAGCAAGUUGGAAUUGAUCAGGGUGACAUUCCAGAUCUUACUCAGGCACCCAGCAGCUUGCUUGAGGCACUGGAACAGCAUUUGGCUUCUGUGGAGGGAAAGAAAACAAAGGAGGUCUCUGCUGCCAGCAGAGCCAGUGCCCUUUCCAGUGCUGUUUCCACACUUGCCAAUACAGGGAUGUCAUUCAGCAGGAUGGAUGAGAAAGAAAAGCAGCAGGCAUUGGAGGAAGAACAAGUCAGACUGCAGGCACUUAAGGAGCAGCGAUUAAGAGAAAUCUCUGUAGUAUCAAAUUCCACUUCCACAUCAGCAUCCCCAAGCACUUUAUCAGGAAAAAGUGUGAAUACCACUAUGGCUGUUGACCUCUUUGCUGCACCAGCACCCACAACAAAUAGCAUGCCCAACCUUUCCAGUGAUCUUUUUGAUCUUCAGCCUGCGUUUGUUCCAACUGUGCAAAGUACUCCAGCUAUAUCAACAUCAGCAAGCAGCGCUUGGGGAGGUCCUUUCUCGUCCUCAAAUGGUUGUGUUGGUUCUCCACCUCAUCUGGACAUCUUUGACAUGAAGCCAGUUGAAGAAGCUGUAAAAUCUGCCACCCCUUUCAUCAAUUCUUCUUUUUCCUCCAAACAAACAGUGGAACUGUUUAGUGAUGACUUUAGUGGUCAUAAACCAACAUAUGCUUCUGUGUAUCAUCCUGUGACUGUUGAUGGUUUUCCUCUUCCUUCAGCUUCUCCGAGUACCACCUCUUCAACAAUUAAUGUGGACUUUGAUGCUGUUUUUGGAGGAAAGCCUGCAGCACCAGAAUACAGGACUGCAAGUGAUGAUGUAUUGCAACCCACAGUACCACCACAAAGUCAAAGAGCCACUGUAGCCAGCCAGCAAAGUGGAAAAAUUUUGGCAAAUGACCUCGAUUCUUCACUUGCUAAUCUAGUAGGAAAUCUUGGCUUUGGAGGAACUCCAUCCAAAAAAUCAGACAUGCAGUGGUCUCAGCCUACAGAGAAAAAACUCACUGGAGGAACAAACUGGCAAGCAAAAACAAGCACAUCAACCACAUGGAACCCAGCUCCCUUACCCACUAUUCCACACAUGGUACCUGCUCCUAUCACAUACCCAUUGACCACACCUCAAGUGCCUGUAUAUGGAAUGGUACCUCCUCAGGUUGGAGCUGCUCCUUUGAUGGCACCCCAUGCAAUGAUGUAUUCACAGCCUGGUCUAAGGCCAACAAACCCUUUUGCACCUGUCUCUGAAACUCAGAUACAGUUUAUGUAGAGCCACCAAAGCAACAAGAUGUGAGAACAACCAAAUACUGGUAAAAAAAUCAAAAGACUGAAUUUCAAUCUUUUCAUGAUGUAUUCCUGAACAGGGCAACUGUUUAUUCCCUGUAUAAUACAAUAUUACUUUGAACUGCAAUGCUUUAGAGAUUCUUGUUUAUAACAGUCACUGCAGUGUGAAGUCAUGUUUGUUUCCUGAUUUGUUUUUUAACUGCUCAGCAGAAAAUUGUAUUUUUAUUGAGGUUGACUCAGAAGGUGCAAGCUGGAUUAUCAUGUUCAAAAUCAAGGAGAAGGUUACAUGAUUGCUCUGCAACCUUAGUCAUCAGUGGAUCACCUUAGGAAUUGACUGAGAAUGUCAAAGCUAUUUAUUUUAUUCAUAAAUUCUGUGGCUGUUGUAACCAAGACACAACACAAAAUCAAGUUGAGCAAUAAAAUUUUUAUGUGCUCUAAUAAAUACUCGGAUAGAGCAAUGCUUGCAUUAUCAUCAGGCCAACAUUGUGUGAAAUCAGACAGCUUUGUCCCAUCAGAACAGCUUCGAGUCAUUUGCAAACCUUACAAUGUGAGUUUGAAAUGCUGUGAGUCAACAAGACACAUAUUCAUAGAUAGAUAAAAAUAACCAAUUGUUCCAUUGGUGUGUCAGCAUUACAGGAGCUAAAUAAAAAGAGCCAGCAAGGCUGUGAUGGAGAAGGGGAAAUGAGGAUGUCCAGACCAUGCAGCCUCCAGGAGGUGCCAGCAGCUGCAUUUCCAGGGUCCCUGAGGUGGCACUGCCACCCUGGGCUCAGGACAGCCAGGGUUUGUCACAGGGACAGCACACAGGAGUCUUGUUAAUAACUGCAGGAGAGGCAGCUCUCCUUCCUAAAGUCCACCAGGGCAAAGACUCAAACCUUGGAUCAUGCUGAACUGGCAGCCCUUUGGAAAUUAUCCAGCUGUAGAGAAUAGCUUGGGCUUCUUUUUUGAAAUAAGAACCUAGUUGUAAACCGUAUAAAAAUAAUUAUUUUUAAAUGUGUAAAUACGUGUAAACUUUUAGAUAGUUGUUUCUUUGAUGCUGCAGUAAUCUUUUUCUUCUGUAGUGAUUUCAAGGUAAAAAUGCUACGUUAAGAAAUCCGGACUCUUUUUGAGAGGAAAAUCUUUAAAAUCAACUGAUUUGUGAAGUAUUGCUGUUCACAAUGGGUCAGAUGUGUACAGACUUCUGGAACAUAUUUUGUACUUAAGAAUCUUCCUCCAGAACUGAAAUUGGCUGUGAAAAUGCCUUAUCUUGUAUUUUUCACUGUCUGAUAAAAAAUGAUAGCAUUAAAAAAAACCCAAUAGUUAUAAUUAAGCAGAUAAAAGUGGGAACAACCUUUCCUCCAGAAAUCUUGUGGCAAAAUGCAAUGAAAAGUUCUCCUGUAAAAUUACUUCUAAUAAUGAUUAAUAUUAAAGCUGAGUUUUCUAUUGUUACAAUAAAUAGACCUCCAGUGAUGUCUUUUAUCCUUUGGAGAGUCUGUAAUUGCAGAAAUCUCUCUCACUCUCACCAGAAAUGCAGGUAGGCUUAAGAAUCUUGACAAACUCUCCUGUAGAGAAUUUCUAAAUUAAGCACAUUCCUUCUGUUUUUCCAAAUGUUUAAUUCUGUCCAAAGAGUGCAAACAUAGUAUUUCUUAACCCUAUGGUAAAAUAUUUUGCCCAAUGAAUCAAGACAAAAGAUAAAACUCCUCUCCCCAACCCUUGAUAUUUGUAAAUGCUAAUUUCCUGGAAAGUGAAACCUUGCAGAAAUUUAAAACUGUGUUCUUUGUAUAUUGAUUUUUGAAAGAAUUUGGAGCAGUAUAUGGUAGUUCAAUGUUCAAGUUUGAAUUACAAAGGGCUUCAAGCUUUAAUCCACCUUUAUUGGGUUGAACAGUUGUACAAUUUUAAGCCAAUGAGUUCUUCAGUGCCUAUAGCUGCCCUCCACGUGGUGAGGGAGUAGAUGCCAUUUAGAAUGAAUCCUUGUGUUGACUGUUUAUUUAGGAAACAGUAAAAUCCAUAGAUUCAUUCAGCAAUCAAGAGUCUUGUGUUCAAACCAGACCAGUCCAUGCAGGUAUAAAUGACAUUAAUGGCAGAAGUGGGAGUGCUACAAGCAGGCAGUUCCUAGCACUGUAAGCUGUUAGGUCUCUUUCUUAUACUGAUUUGUAUAAGUAAUAAUGCAUUAUUUUAAUAAAAUAUGCAAAUAAAUGCCUGGUAAGCAGUAUAUAUCUGUUAAAACGUUAUUUCAGAGCAUUCUGAAUGUGAAUAUAGCUGGCUCAGAAAUGGAUUUAGUACUGGAUAAUAGCUUGCACUACUUGUGAUGUGCUCUGGAUCUUUUAAUGGUUCUUUUGGUCUGCUUUCUUGUAGCAAAGCUGUCUGAUACCAGUUUAUUAGUGUUAAAAAAGGAGAAACAGCCACAAAGUAUGUUUUAAAAACUUUGUAACCUACCUUCUCUUGAUGCUUCAAAACACGGCUUGAUGGUGGUGAAGCAAAAAUUGCUUUGUACCUUCUCUCUGCACACAGGUGCACAGGGCUGGCGUUUGCCCACCUCUUCCCUGUGCAUACACAUCAAAUGGCAGAGAACGUGUUUAAAUAACACCCAUGAGAGGUGAAAACAAAGGACUUAGGAGCUGUCAAGGCUUUUAUGGCUCUUCUCCAUAAAAAUAAAAACCCACUUUGAACAGCAAGGUUGUUCUUGAGGGUGACUGUGCCAGCCUGCAGAAGCUGCACUCAGUGGUUGUGAUGAGUGAAGAGAGAUGUACAUAAAUGUGACUUUCCUUCCAACUGCUCGGAUCAGAAUCAUGCUCUGAACACUGCAGGAUAACCAAGAUAUCUCCACGUGUGUGUGAACAAGGAGGACUUUGGUGUGUGCUGUACACUUGGAAUUGUUGUACUUUAUUGGGUCACUUGAGGCUCGCUGCCUGUGGUGGAAUUUACCCCGUGGGGUGAAACCUGAGGGGCUUGGAAAGGUGGAUGCUGUGAGGCCUCUUGGACUUGUACCUCUCUAAAUAACUGGGGUUUCCUAAUGUUCUCUACAUGGAGUUUGACUUUGCCUCCAGGAAGUUACUGAUUUUUUUUUUUUUUUUAAUAAAUUUUGGACAUGUGUACUAGAAAAAUCUCUGUUCUGUGCACAUAGUGGUGGAAUAUUUGUAGGUAAAAUAACAAGUGGACUUUUGUUUAAGGAAAAAAAAGACAAAACCAACAGCAAAAACCACACACAGAAAAGUAACAACAAUAAAACUUGUGACUACAAGAUUGAGUACAGGGUGUAUCUAUCCCCAGCUGGGUAUUUUGAUGUGUGGCAGGGAUGGGGGGGUUACAAUUAGAAUAGAAUGCACUGUGGAUCGGUGCUGAAUUUGUACAUAAAAAGGAAAACUUUGUUUGGGGUGGUUUGUAUUGUAAGGGUAACAUCUAAAGGCACUGUAUCAGUCGUUUAUUUCCAUUGAAAAGAUUCUAUUUUUGAGCAAUGGAAGCUGUACAUGUUAUCAUUUCUACAUUACUGAUAGCUAGGAAUAGAGGAACUCGUUGCUAUGACUCUGAAGAUGUGUCUGACUUGUCAUUGAUGCAGAUUCUCCUGAUCAUUUAUUUAAAGAGAUUGUAGUAACUGCUACAGUUACAACAGGAAUUGUAACGUCACAACUUUCAGUAUCUCAGCUGUGUAUCCUUGUGAUCCUCGUUCAUCCUUUACCAAAUGUUUGGCUGGAAUCUCAUCUUGGAGUAAAGACAAAAUAGGUGCUGGAACAGAUUUCCCUCACCCCAACCCACACUUUAUUUAUUUAAUAAUAGGUCUUGUUUUGUAUGUUAUGUUUUUUUCCCAUAACAGGUUUGUGCCUUUUAUUGGAUAUUUAUUUAAAAGGAGCUAUGAUAAUUUAGGUUGCUUUUUUUCAGAUGUAUUCUUGUACAGCUGUUCCUUUAUGUGAGUUCCUUCAUUUUAUAAGAAUACAGAAUGUGUGGAAAAUAUACUAGCCACAAACUGGAAAAAAAAUCUAAGGAUUUAUGUUCUAUGAAUAAUUUUUUUAAAAUAAGCCUAAGCACAAGACUGGCUGUGUCGAUAUUUUAAUUGUGGAACUUCACAAUUUGUUAAUAUGCAAAUUGUUCAUUUUUUAAAAAAACUGCUCAUAUCCACAUAUUUGAUGAAACAAGUUUUGGAAAAAAAAAUAAAUAAACUUUGGCAUAUGCAA